AUGGCAAGUACAGAGUUUAUGGAGUUUCUUUUGUGUGUUAAAGAAAAAGGAAAGGAGAUAUCUUUGCUGUCUGCUGAUGUGGAGAUGAUACAUAUGCUAAAGUCUCGGUACUUGGCGUGUGUUAUGGACCGCGCAGCACAAGACAGCAUUAUUGAUGUUUUUAAAGAAAAUAGUCUAGCAUUCCACACAAAGUGCAAAGAAAUAAAAACCGGAAUAGAGCAGAUAAAAGAGAAGUACAUUCAGAAUGAAUCAUUCCAUAUUAAUAUGGAGAGGCAUAUUAUGGUUCUGUACACAAAUCUAAAGAAUAUAUCUAAAAAGUUUCUUGACGCAAAGUCUUCAUUUUUAAAGCUAAUAGAUGAGAGAGGGGCUUCUCAUAGCAAUACUUUUAAUGAAGAAACUUCUUCAGAGGCUAGAAAUACUCCAACACUGUUAAAUAGAGCAGGAGGUGCGAGAGAGAAAAGUGCUAACGAAGAUGACGCUGAGGCAGGAGUCAAGGCAGAUAAGAGCAUUCAAAACAUUUUGUCCACACUUAAUGAGCUAAAUACUACAUUUAUUGAGCUAAAUCAAAUUAUAAGCAGUUCCUCGUUUGAUAUAGAGGGGGCAGCUUCUAAAAGCUUUUAUAAUAGAAAUACUACGAUUGGGGUUAACACGCAAAUUGAGACCAGCAUUGUGCGCAGGAAAAAAAGAAGAAUGUUUAAAGUGGUUAUACUUGUUCUUUUGUUAAUAGUAUGUAUAGCUCUAGGGGUAUUCUGCGGCAGGAGUAUUCUAGAUUUUAUAAUUAAACUGAAAAAUGCUUUGAAGUAAACAGUAGAUAUAUUUCGGGUAUAUUUCAGGCACUUGCUAUUUAUACUGAGAAGUUCUAGUGUGUCUAGUGGGC